AGUGUGAUCUUACAGAAUGUGCCUAAUGUCCUCGUGUCACAUUCUGAGAGCAGACAGGUGUCUCAAGAUUGGGCUACAGGGUUUGGCUGCCAGCCACCCAGCCAUGGCCUCAGUGCCACCUGUCUGUGAGUUCGUGACAAGGGACUGAUGCUUCUCAGAAGGGCAGAUGGCAAAAGGACCAGUGGGCUCUCCAGAAACCACCUGAAUGCUGGGUCCCUUGGGUGAUGAUGUCACACAGUUACAGCGAAAUGCUACCCAGAGUCUCUAUUCAAGUGCCCAGCAGACUUAAGUGGCUGGUGGCUCCUUCAAGCUGAGUUUAUAUGGCAACAGCUAUGACCAGUCCUGAUUAUUGGGCGCUAUCAGGAAAUGUGAUGAACUUGGGAGACACAACAUCUCUGGACUGCUGAGGCUUAUUAAAAUUGUCUCUCCAUUGUCUGGGCAAGGGCACAUUUUAGGAAGUCACUCCAAGGCUAUCGAACCCUAAACAGUGAGUUCAACUGACUUCUCCCACGUAAUGUCCUGGGAGCUGUGGAACCCCCGGCUCUCUUUUGGUGAAAGGUUUGGCGCAGACUGGGAGGCAGUGAUUGGCCGAAGGUGAGCAGGCCCCACCUGGUGGUUAUUUAUAGAGUGACCCAGAGAGGAGUUUGCUUUGUGGUCAUCAACAUCUUUGCUCUAAAAGGCAAAAUAUCUCCCCAAAGCUUUGGUUUAAUUUGGUCUGCAUUAGCAUUGAGAGUUGCACCAUUUUAAAAAUAUAUUUAUAAUAUAGAUGUUUAUAAGUGACCAACAGGGGUGGUCUUCUGGUUCGGCCGCGGCAUGAGGCAGGCCAUGCUGCAGCCCCGGACCUCAGUGGGCUCCUGUGCUGCAGGAGCAGGCAUUCGACUCAGAUUCAAAGAUCCCUUCAGCCUCUGGGACUGCAGAGUGGCGCAGUUGUUGAAGGAGGUCUGAGCGUGGGCACCAGGAGCUGUGUCAUUUGAUGAGUGAGUCAGACCCGGCCUGGGGAAAAUAACAUCUUCACAAUCAACACCAGGGAAGAGGCGAUUAAGAACCACACGUAGCUGAUGGCUCGAGUGUCUUGUUCCAGGCUGCUGGUCUAUUCCUGAAGAGGGCCGGGUGACUCAUCAGAGGGCUGUAACCUGAUGAGCGAGAGCUCUCCAAUUUCCUGGCUCCGAUUCCAGGCAACCAAAUUAUCUUAAUUUGGUUUUCCAAGGCACAGGGAGGGCCAGACCUGAGUUCCCAGACUACAUUAGCAAUUGGAAAUCAACGUUCUUUUGUGGGAGCAAAAUUAGAUCACAGAUGAGAAAUGACUGAAUUACAUAAAGUGCUUUCGAAUGCGGGCCCUGUCCUCUCCAGCAGUGUCACUGAUCCUGGCUAAGAGUCAUCCUCAUGCUGAUUUGGUUAGCCUGUGGACCAUUUUGCUGGGUUUUUUUUCGGAGCUGGUAAAUCCUGAGUGGUUUGGUAAAAGCGGAAUUUCUGGACCGACAAAGCUGAUGAGAGAGGACAGUCGCUAAGAUCUCUGUGGUGCGUUCUGAUGCACCUACAGGACAGCAGUAGCUGUGGGCAGGAGGGAAUGUUUUGGUCCAUCGUUCAGGAAGGGUCACAGAAGCAGGUCCAGAUUAACGGGCUAGCAAGGGUUUGGGCUGGCAGUCAGACCUGGGUGCUCAAACUCCAAAUCCAGUUCACCUGGUCGCUGCUUUUCAAGGGGUUAAGUUCUCUCCCACUCAACACAGCACCCCCCACAGACCCACUCCCACGUGUUUGCUGUGCAAGAUCAAUGCCCAGUGGGACAACCAGGGAAGUGACCCGAGGCAGAGGAGGAGGAGAAACCCAAUGCCCCUCUGUUCUGGAGCUCCCGGAGCUGUUUCUCUUCCUCCCUUCGGAUGCUGCUGGAAGUGCCCGAGGUCUUUCUGGAUCUGUUGCGCUUCCCUGGCCUCAGCUGCAGUCCGCUUUCUCCUACUCUGUGUAGCUGGAGUCUCCAGGUUGCAGAGACCCCGGCAGCCCCUUCCCACUCACAGAGGGACCUAGAUGACCACGCUGCCCGCCUGCCCGCCUGCCUGCCUGCCUGGGACUUCACAGAGGCUCAAGACAAAGAUGAACCGGCUCCACUCCUGCAUCUCCUUGUGCUGGGUUUACUUUGUGGCUUCCAGACUGAGAGCUGUGGAAACAGCAGAUGGAAAAUACGCUCAGAAGUUGUUUAAUGACCUUUUUGAAGAUUAUUCCAACGCUCUUCGUCCGGUGGAGGAUACGGAUAAAGUUCUGAAUGUCACACUGCAGAUUACACUGUCUCAGAUUAAGGACAUGGAUGAAAGGAACCAAAUCCUGACGGCCUAUUUGUGGAUUCGUCAAAUCUGGCACGACGCGUAUCUCACGUGGGACCGUGACCAGUAUGAUGGGCUGGACUCCAUCAGGAUCCCCAGCGACCUGGUGUGGAGGCCCGACAUCGUCCUGUACAACAAGGCCGACGACGAGUCUUCGGAGCCGGUGAACACCAACGUGGUCCUCCGCUACGACGGGCUCAUCACCUGGGAUUCGCCCGCCAUCACCAAGAGCUCCUGCGUGGUGGACGUCACCUACUUCCCCUUCGACAACCAGCAGUGCAACCUGACCUUCGGUUCCUGGACCUACAACGGCAACCAGGUGGACCUCUUCAACGCCCUGGACAGCGGGGACCUCUCGGACUUCAUCGAGGACGUGGAAUGGGAGGUUCACGGCAUGCCCGCUGUGAAGAACGUCAUCUCCUACGGCUGCUGCUCCGAGCCUUACCCGGAUGUGACGUUCACCCUCCUGCUGAAGAGGAGGUCCUCCUUCUACAUCGUCAACCUCCUCAUCCCCUGCGUCCUCAUUUCUUUCCUGGCACCCUUGAGUUUUUAUCUCCCAGCAGCCUCCGGGGAGAAGGUCUCCCUGGGAGUGACCAUCCUGCUGGCCAUGACUGUAUUCCAGUUAAUGGUGGCCGAGAUCAUGCCGGCCUCAGAAAAUGUCCCCCUCAUCGGCAAGUACUACAUCGCCACGAUGGCCUUGAUCACGGCCUCCACCGCCUUGACCAUCAUGGUGAUGAAUAUCCACUUCUGCGGGGCAGAGGCCCGGCCGGUGCCUCCCUGGGCCAGGGUGGUCAUCCUGAAAUACAUGUCCAGGAUCUUGUUCGUCUACGAUGUGGGCGAGAGCUGCCUCAGCCCGCACCAGGACAAGGAGCGGGGCCGCCUCCCCAAGGUCUAUGGCAAACUCCCCGAGUCUAACCUGCAGACACCCAGGAACAAAACCCUUUCCAGAAAGAAGGAAAUGAACAAACUCUUAAAGAAUGACCUUGGGGGCCAGGCUGAGAGCCCACCGGACGCCGAUGGUUACUGUGCGCGGUACAGAGCGCUAACGAGGAACAUCGAGUACAUCGCCAAGUGUCUCAAAGACCACAAGGCCACCAACUCCAAGGGCAGCGAGUGGAAGAAGGUUGCGAAAGUCAUAGACCGGUUUUUCAUGUGGAUUUUUUUCAUUAUGGUGUUUGUGAUGACUAUUUUAAUCAUAGCAAGAGCAGAUUAGUGGGCAUUUGACAUCUAUGGACAUAAUAAUAAACUUCUGUGGCUUACUCCAACGUUAUGCUAAGCCAGAUUUUUGCUCAUAUAUAACUCAGGGGUUAGGUUGUCUAUGGUUUUGUUUUUUAAAGAUUUAUUUAUUUGAAAGGCACAGUUACAGAGAGGCAGAGGCAGAGAGAGAGGAGAGAGAGGUUUUCCGUUCUCUGGUUCACUCCCCAAAUGGCUGCAAUGGUCAGAGGUGCAGCAAUCGAAAGCCAGGAGCCAGGAGCCUCCUCCUGGUCUGCCAUACAGGUGCAGGGGCCCAAGGACCUGGGCCAUCCUCCACUGCCUUCCCAGGCCACAGCAGAGAGCUGGAUCAGAGGUGGAGCAGCUGGGACUCAAACUGGUGCCCAUAUAGGAUGCCGGCACUGCAGGUGGAGGCUUAGCCCACUGUGCCACAGCGCCAGCCCCUAUGGUGUUUAGGUUCGAUUAAGCACACAAGGUCCAACUGAGCCAUAUUAAAAAUUUUGAGCUUUAUGUGAGAAACAUUGGGGAACCUCAGUAGGAUUUUCACCAAGGGAGUAAUACUCACAUAUUGUGUAAGACAGGAGCGCUUUCACAACUGCAUGUGUAUAGUGAUUUGCUGGAUUCUGUUAGAGCUCUUUCUUUCACUGGAGCAUCCAUUCAGCAGCUCUUGGUUGGCUAGUGACCACCUACACACAGGGAUUAAAAAGAGAACAGCCACAUUACCCAGGGGUAAAAGAGAAUGAUCUGACGGAGAUUCUCAGUACACUUGGGGAAGCAGGCGCGUGAGUGAGGGAAUAACAGUACAACAAAGUCAGAGCUUCAACGAUGGUUGCAAACUGCUAGACUUCUGCCAGGGAAUGUGUGCUUUCUUUUAUAUUCUGUUUAGUAAUUUUUCCAGGAGAGUGGGAGGGAGGAGAAGAGAGAGAGAAAGAGAGGAGGAGGAGGAGGAGGAGAAGGAGGAGGGGAGAGAGAGAGAGAGACUGAGAGACUGACACUAGGAGACCUCCCAUUGCCUAGUUCACUCCUCAAAUACCUGUAAUGGCUGGGGCUGGUCCAAGACAAAGCCAGGAGCCAGAAAUCUAAUCUAGGUCCCCACAUGGGUAGCAAGGACCCAACCACUUGAACCAUCAGCUGCCUCCUAGGGUGUGCAUUAAGCAGGAAGCUGGAAGUGGAAGUGGAGCAGGAUCUCAAACUCAAACACUUCAAUAGGGGUUGUGGUGUCCCAAGUGGCGCCUUAACCAGUAGGCUAAACAGCCACCCAGGAGUGUGUUUUUUAGUCAAUUGAGUUUCUCAGCUUGUAGCAUCAUGUCUUACCCCACUGAAAUUAUUUGAUAAAGACUUCAGCAAUUAAUCUCAGUGUAAAAUCUAUUCGAAAAAAAUUUUUUUAGCUUUCCAUUAUCACCAAACUUCCAAAGGCAUGUCCAGCUACUUACCAGAUAUCUCAACCAGGGGGUCCCUAUCAGUGUUUCCAGCUCAAGAUGCCGCACACAGAAUCCUUUCCUCCCAAACCCGAGCCUCCCUUAGUCUUCACCCAUUCUCUUUAUCAUUUUUUUUUUUUUUUUUUGGACAGGCAGAGUUAGAGAGAGAGAGAGACAGAAAGGUCUGCCUUUUGCCAUUGGUUCACCCCCCAAGUGGCCGAUAUGGCUGGUGUGUUGCAGCCAGCGCGCUGUGCCGAUCUGAAGCCAGGAGCCAGGUGCUUCCUCCUGGUCUCCCAUGCCGGUGCAGGGCCCCAAAGACUUGGGCCAUCCUCCACUGCCCUCCCGGGCCACAGCAGAGAGCUGGACUGGAAGAGGAGCAACCAGGACAGAAUCCGGCGCCCCGACCGGGACUAGAACCCCGGGGUGCUGGCGCUGCAGGCAGAGGAUUAGCCUAUUGUGCCGGCCUUCCUUAUCAUUCUCAACACCACGCUCUCCCUCACCCCGUCUCCAUCCAGUCACUUGGUCCUGUCUAUUCUAGAUCCCAAACAUGAGGGACCUUCAGAAGUUCAUUUCUCACUUGCAACAUUCUCAUUUGGCAGUGGCUUUGUCAGUAAAACUCAGGUGGAAGACACAGAUGUGAAAACAAGCAAAAGCAAAAAGCUUGCAAGGAAAUGUAGGAGACUUUCUGAGCGGACUUCAGCUCAGGGAGUUGUAGCACGUGGUGGCUGCUUUGGAAUGGGAGUGGAGCUCUCUGAAGCAGGUAAGCAACAAGGCGCUGGGGCGGGGGGAGCGCUUGGUGGGGAAGAGAAAUCUGAGAACCAGGAGGAGUUAUCCAGGGUUAGCCUUGGGGAAAGUGCCAGGCUGUAGGCAGAACUGGGCCCAAGGACAGAACAGGGCUGAUUACACUUGAGAUAGAGAAAGCCUGAGCAGAUCCAUCCAAUCCAUGACCUACACGGGAGAGGCGGAGUCAAGACACAAGGUGAGCAGGGCCGUUCAUUCAAGCAGAGCCUUGCAAAGUUUAAAAAAACACCAACUGCCCUGUUUACCGCCAGGGUGCACUGAGGUGUGACUGGGUUUGCUGAGGUCUUGACCUUUGCUCUUUCUCCUUCUGUAGCCUCUGUGUCUGCUCCUCCGUCAGCUCGGGGCUCAGACCAGCACAUGCCACCGCAGCCGUGGGCAAACUGGAAACACAAGUUCUAGGGCAUGUGAAGCAACAGCGGGAAGGCCACUUGGAGUGUCACCCGCUCAGGGGUUAGCAGAGCGCGCACUCUGCCUGUUUCUUCCUCCUCUCCGAUUACACCUUUGAAAUAGGACCUGCUGUUAAAACUUCACGAGCCUGUCAAUACAUCGAAGCCUCUCCAACCUUUAAAAAGUAAAACCCCAUGACGAGACCUCCCUUGGCUUUGUGUAUGUCUACCCCUGUACUGUUCUCAGCCAGGUUUCCUCCCUGGAUCUUACGGGGCUCAGGCAGGACACAGAUGGUGUGCUCCAAUGAGAAUAAUUCAAGAACGAUUUACAGAAGGAUUAAAUACAAAGGCGUGGGCAGGUUGUAGAGAAACGCAAGGGGCCGUGUGCUGUUACAAGCCGUGUGCAGCCUGCCAGUGCUUGGCUGCCUGAGUCCAGGGGACAGAGCAGACGCAGCAGAGCCUAUGGGGGAAUGCAUAUCCCCACUGCACCCUCCUGCCCUGCAGUCUCCUCCCAGGGCUCACUGUUGGCCAAACUCAACAGCCUCGGGCAUCUGCCUGUGUACCCAGGACAGAGAGCAGAGUGACAAAGGGUAGCGUGUGACUCUGGAUGGACAAAGAGGAGACAGUGGGCACAUUCUCUCUCCUCUUUGCAUUCACUCUACAUUUAAAACUUGGCGUCUUCCCCACUCAGUUGGAAGUGUUCGUGCCAGGUUCACCGUGGAUUUAUAAUUGCCUCGGACGCUCCUUGGCUGCUGCCCGCAUGUCCUUCCGGGCACUUGGCGCUCCUGCGUCAGCACUUGCUGCUCCGUAAACGGCAGCCCCAGCUGGCUCCUGUUCCUCCUCUCCUAGCAAAGAUUCAUGUCCCUCAACGUUUCAUCCCCAGCUUUCCUCCGCCAUGGUUUUUACUGUCAAAUAUAUCCUGAGGAUUCUUUUUUAUGGCUGAAAAGCCCAUGAGAGUAUUUCAGGCGUGGAAAGCCAAGACACUCUGGCAAAAGAUCUCUGUGAGUGAGAUCCCAGUGGAAAGAACAGGUCUUCAAAGAAGGAGGUACCUUUCUCUGAAGAGAGGAGAGAACCUCCACUUUGACUAUGACCUUGUCUAAACAAGAUAAGAGUCGGAGAACUCAGAGGGCUUCCAUAGCCUUGAAAACUCAUGACUGGAGCAUAGGGAGAUUACUGAUGCCAUAGACAGGAGUGUCAAUUGGUAAAGUCAACAACAGGAGUCACUGUGCACUUACUCCUCAUGUAGGAUCUCUGUCCUUAAUGUGCUGUGCAUUGAGAUUUAAUGCUAUAACGAGUACUCAAACAAUAUAUUUCACUUUGUGUUUCUAUGGGGGUGCAAACUGUUGAAAUCUUUACUUAAUGCAUACUAAACUGAUCCUCUGUAAAAAAAAAAAAAAAAAAAAAAAGAAAUUA